GAGUCGUCCAUUACAGUUUACAGCCCUGUAACUCACGCCUUGUCUGUUGAUGUGUUGUCAUGGCAAGUAAAACAAUACGUGAACCUGUUUGCUUGUUUUUUAAAAUUGUUUUGGAACUACUCGACAACACAAUCGAAGUCUUUAAGUGAUUUGACGACACAUUUUUAUUUCAAGCCUCUCCUCAAGUAGGUACUUAGAUAACAGAUUCAUUAUAUUUUUGAAUACGUUAACCAAUGAAGAACUAAUCUAAUUGUUCGAGAUGUUUUGAUGUCUACUAGCUUGUGAGCUUAGGUGUUUUUUUUUGUUUUUUUUUAAGUCGCCCAAAUUUGAACUUUAGAUAUGGAUAAACGCAUCCAGUGGGAUAGAUAGAACUUAAGAUAUGGAUAAACACAUCCAGUAGGGUAUAUAGAACUUAAGAUAUGGAUAAACCAUCAAGUGGGGUAUAUAGAACUUAAGAUAUUAUGGAUGAACGCAUCCAGUGGGAUAGAUAGAACUUUAGAUAUGGAUAAACGCAUCCAGUGGGAUAGAUAGAACUUUAGAUAUGGAUAAACGCAUCCAGUGGGAUAGAUAGAACUUAAGAUAUGGAUAAACGCAUCCAGUGGGAUAGAUAGAACUUAAGAUAUGGAUAAACGCAUCCAGUGGGAUAGAUAGAACUUUAGAUAUGGAUAAACGCAUCUAGUGGGAUAGAUAGAACUUAAGAUAUGGAUAAACGCAUCCAGUGGGAUAGAUAGAACUUAAGAUAUGGAUAAACGCAUCCAGUGGGAUAGAUAGAACUUUAGAUAUGGAUAUAAACGAAUCCAGUGGGCCAGGCGGCAGGCUGAGAUUGAACAGCUGUCAUUCUUUUGCCGAUUUGAAUUCUUGAGCGAUGUUAACAUGAAAUUCUUUUUUUUUUCAACUGAUGAUUUCACGAAUGUCACGUGCAGGCUGAGCCAAGCCUGUAACAGAACGGAAUGUAACAGAACGAAAUGUAACAGAACGAAAUGUAACAGAACGAAAUGUAACAGAACGAAAUGUAACAGAAAAGAAAUGUAACAGAAAGAAAUGUAACAGAAAAGAAAUGUAACAGAACUAAAUGCAACAGAAAAGAAAUGUAACAGAAAAGAAAUGUAACAGAAAAGAAAUGUAACAGAAAUCAAAUUAUGCAGCAGCGAAGUUUCCUAAUAAACAUGCAGGGAGUUAUUUGCAAAAAAAUCUUUAUAAUAUGAAUAACUCGUCCCGCCAUCUCCAUUAAUAAAUUAUGUUCUCUUUCUUCAACAGCCUCAAUGCGGAGUGGUUCACCUGACUGCAUUUAUUGAAUGUGUAUCGCGCUCACAGUGAUUAGGAUACAGUAAAUGAAAGAUAUAGAACAAUUCAACCGGGAAAAUGAAUGUGACUAUUUAAUUAAGGCUGUUGCAUUUAAAAAAAAGAAAGAAAAUUGAAGCAAAAAAAUGCUUUGUUUCAAGGAAAACAUUAUUUUUUAUAAAGAAACUUAAAAUGUUAUCUUUAAAUUUUACAUUUUAUGAAUUUCUCUUUUUCUCUCUCUCUAUAUAUAUAUAUAAACUACUCUUUAUGUAAAGAUGUGCUUUAACACUCGAGUAUUGGAGAAAAUAUUAAACUAACACGACUGCCCUAAAUGGUGAACACGAACAAUAUAAUGGCCAUCCGAAAAAUAUCUACUAGUGUUUUUACCGUGUUACUGCUUUUUGGACUGUACCGCCCUAUUCAAGGCCAGAGCUACUCUCAAACCGAUUCAAUUUUCAAAGACAAGUUAGACCCUUUGACCUACAACACAGAGGUCAGACCACUGGUGGACCAGUCCAAGGUGAUUGCCGUCCAUGUCAGCUUUGAGGUGGUGUCCAUCGUUGACAUUGAUGACGUCGCUCAGAGUUUUACUGUCAACGGCUUUCUUGGUUUCUCGUGGAACGAUGAGGUAAGUUUUUAAUGUCAAUGGCUUACUUGGUUUCUCGUGGAACGAUGAGGUAAGACUCUUCUUUGAAUGGCUUUCUUUGUUUCUCGUGGAACGAUGAGGUAAGUGUUUAAUGUCAAUGGCUUUCUUGGUUUCUCGUGGAACGAUGAGGUAAGUGUUUAAUGUCAAUGACUUUCUUGGUUUCUCGUGGAACGAUGAGGUAAGUGUUUAAUGUCAAUGGCUUUCUUGGUUUCUCGUGGACCGAUGAGGUACGUGUUUAAUGUCAAUGGUUUUCUUGGUUUCUCGUGGACCGAUGAGGUAAGUGUUUAAUGUCAAUGACUUACUUGGUUUCUCGUGGAACGAUGAGGUAAGUGUUUAAUGUCAAUGGCUUACUUGGUUUCUCGUGGAACGAUGAGGUAAGUGUUUAAUGUCAAUGGCUUACUUGGUUUCUCGUGGAACGACGAGGUAAGUGUUUAAUGUCAAUGGCUUACUUGUUUUCUCGGGGAACGAUGAGGUAAGUGUUUAAUGUCAAUGGCUUACUUGGUUUCUCGCGGAACGAUGAGGUAAGACUCUUCUUUAAAUGGCUUUCUUGGUUUCUCGUGGAACGAUGAGGUGAGUGUUUAAUGUCAAUGGCUUACUUGGUUUCUCGUGGAACGAUGAGGUAAGUGUUUAAUGUCAAUGGCUUACUUGGUUUCUCGUGGAACGAUGAGGUAAGACUCUUCUUUGAAUGGCUUUCUUGGUUUCUCAUUGAACGAUGAGGUAAGUGUUUAAUGUCAAUGACUUUCUUGGUUUCUCGUGGAACGAUGAGGUAAGUGUUUAAUGUCAAUGACUUUCUUGGUUUCUCGUGGAACGAUGAGGUAAGUGUUUAAUGUCAAUGGCUUUCUUGGUUUCUCGUGGAACGAUGAGGUAAGUGUUUAAUGUCAAUGACUUUCUUGGUUUCUCGUGGAACGAUGAGGUAAGUGUUUAAUGUCAAUGGCUUUCUUGGUUUCUCGUGGUACGAUGAGCUAAGAGUUAAGCAAGCUAACUGUGGAUGCAAAGCGAUCGAAAAAACGACAUAAAGGGACGAAUGACCCAUCAAGCUUACCUCCGUAUAUGCCAUCUCGGACAGAACAACAACAACAACACCACUUUAAGCCCCCAUAAGAUGAUGACCCCAUCUUUGAAAACAUACGUGUUUGGGUGUGUGUGUGCCAAUGUUCAACUGUUUAAGGAUAGUAACUUAAUAACACAUUUUAAGAAGUGGGUGCAGUGAAAUUGCUUCCUUUCUCUGUAGUUCGUUAAAAUUUAUCUUCUAGACUGUUCUAGAGACUAGGUCCACUGCUUACAUUUCACAAACGCCCUACAUCAAAGUUAGCUGGACAGGAAUGGUCAUCGAGAUGAAUGUCGUGUGAUGACAGGGAUGGUCCACGAGAUAAAUGUCGUGUGAUGACAGGCAUGGUCCACGAGAUAAAUGUCGUGUGAUGACAGGAAUGGUCCACGAGAUAAAUGUCAUCUGAUGACAGGGAUGGUCCACGAGAUAAAUGUCGUGUGAUGACAGGGAUGGUCCACGAGAUAAAUGUCGUGUGAUGACAGGGAUGGUCCACGAGAUAAAUGUCGUGUGAUGACAGGAAUGGUCCAUGAGAUAAAUGUCGUGUGAUGACAGGGAUGGUCCACGAGAUAAAUGUCGUGUGAUGACAGGAAUGGUCAACGAGAUAAAAGUCGUGUGAUGACAGGAAUGGUCCACGAGAUAAAUGUCGUGUGAUGACAGGAAAGUUCCACGAGAUAAAAGUCGUGUGAUGACAGAAAAAGGUCCAUGAGAUAAUGUCGUGUGAUGACAGGGAUGGUCCACGAGAUAAAUGUCGUGUGAUGACAGGAAAGGUGCAUUAGAUAAAUGUCGUGUGAUGACAGGAAUGGUCCAUGAGAUAAAUGUCGUGUGAUGACAGGGAUGGUCCACGAGAUAAAUGUCGUAUGAUGACAGGAAAGGUCCAUGAGAUAAAUGUCGUGUGAUGACAGGCAUGGUCCACGAGAUAAAUGUCGUGUGAUGACAGGAAAGGUCCAGAGAUAAAUGUCGUGUGAUGACAGGAAUGGUCCAUGAGAUAAAUGUAGUGUGAUGACAGGAAUGGUCCACGAGAUAAAUGUCGUGUGAUGACAGGAAUGGUCCAUGAGAUAAAUGUCGUGUGAUGACAGGGAUGGUCCACGAGAUAAAUGUCGUGUGAUGACAGGAAUGGUCCAUGAGAUAAAUGUCGUGUGAUGACAGGGAUGGUGCACGAGAUAAAUGUCGUGUGAUGACAGGGAUGGUCCACGAGAUAAAUGUCGUGUGAUGACAGGGAUGGUCCACGAUAUAAAUGUCGUGUGAUGACAGGGAUGGAUCAAAAUGACAGUUGACAAUAUCAUCAAAAUUUAAAAAAAAAAAAAACCCAAAAAAUUUAUAUCGCUGUUAAUAUAGGAAACGAAAAUACUUAGGAUGAUUUUGAGCCAUGAAAUUAUAAAGUCCUCAAAUUUCCUUUCGUCUUUUUUGGUGUUCUUUAGCUCUCUCUCUCUCUGAACCCCCCCCCUUUUUUUUUCUCCACGACGGUAUUAAGUGUUUUUUUUUAAAAAAUAGUGUCAUAUACCUGACAUCCGUUUUAAGCAUCUGAUCUCUGGUUCUUAUUUAUUCUCUUUUUUAUAAUCGCUUUGUAGAUUUUUUUUUGUUUAGUCAAGUUAUUUCGUAACAACGAUGUUCUAUCAAGAUUUAAUAUAGUUGCUAAAUAAACACUUUAAACGUGUGACUGAAAAAUCGUAUAUUCACAUGGGCAUUGGUGCUCAACAUUCUGGGGGUCAACACUUGGGGAAACAAGGUAAAUGGCAUGUAAAAACAAAUCAUAAUAAUACUGUUAACGCAGGUCGUCGCUUGGGACUCGGCUGUCUACGGUGGUCAACGCGUCAUCCAUCCAUUACCAGAGCAGAUCUGGCGACCUCGAGUUGUCCUGAUGAAUACGCUGGGAGCCAGGGAUCUCUUCGGUGACGACAAGGCGUGAGUUAAAUUGCGAAACGUUUUUAAAUUUGUUUCUAGUUUCAAAUUCAUCCCAGAAACUAACAAAAUAAUCAGGUGAACAUUAUGAUAUCAUUUAAAUUUGUUUCUAGUUGUUUCAAAUUCAUCCUAGAAUCUAAGAAAAUAAUCAGGUGAACAUUUUGAUAUCAUUUAAAAUUGUAUGCCGAGAAAGUUUUCAGUUCAAAUGACUAUUAUAAAUAAGAUUUAUUUAAAAAUUUUUCCCUUUAGAAAGUUAGUGAGAUGAUUACAUUUAUUGUUUUGUUGACUUUUUAUAAAAGAUAAAACAAUAAAUUACAUUUUUUUUUGGUCACAUUUUUUCAAUAAGAACUAAAAUGCACUUGUUGAAUAGUCAUAUUUAUUAUUAAUAGAUGACAUUUUUAAAAAAAAAUUGAUUGAUUUAGUCUUAAAAUAAUACUUGAAACAAUCUUAAGAGUGUUAUGUUAAACCGUAACUUAAAGUUAUCGUCAAAGUCUAAUGUAAUUUUAGAUCUCGAAAUAGUAUCUAAAUUGUAAUGCGAAUGCUGGUGUGGAGGCUAAAUAUACUUCAUUCUCCUUCUGAAAACGGCAAACCAGUUUUAGAAUAAUGUUAACAUAACUUUUUUCAUCAGUCCAGUGUUUGUGUUCAACACUGGUGAUACUUAUUGGGCUCCAGGCAGUCUCUUCCCUUCCUCCUGUGAACUCCAGCUGACCAAUUAUCCGUUUGAUACGCAGACUUGUGUGAUAAAGGUAGGGGAGAGGAGCAUGCUACCUGGUUGUUCAGUCUACCUGUUUUGUUAAAUUUAUUCAAUUUUUGGGGACCAUGUAAUGCACUACUUAGCAUUUUAAAAGUAAUUUAAUUUUCAGCUAGUUCCCAAUUACCCGUUGACAUCCCGUUUCAAUUUAAUAUCAGUGGUUGUACGAAUUGAAUGAUCGACGUAAAUUAUAUCGUUUUGGGAGUAACAUUUUAUUUCACAACUACCGUCUGGAAAUGGGGAGCGUUGGCAUUGUUGCGAGUAAGUAGAUAUGGUUUACAAGUGAGUGGAAGGGGGGGUUGACUGGCAAGUGAGUAGAGGAACUACUGGUCUGUAAGUGGGGGAAUGGUUUGGCUUGAUAGUACAAGCGUUGCUUGGUCAGUGAGAGGAGGUUAUGGCUAGUCCGUUGGGAGAGGCGUUGUUUGUUCAGUGAGGGGAGGUAUGGUUUGUCCCUUUGGGAGAGGUGUUGUUUGGCCAUUGAAGGGAAGUAUGUUUGGCCCUUUGGGAGGGGUGUUGUUUGGCCAGUGAAGGGAAGUAUGUUUGUCCCUUUGGGAGGGUGUUGUUUGGCCAGUGAAGGGAAGUAUGUUUGGCCCUCUGGGUGAGGUGUUGUUUGGCUAUUGAGGGGAAGUAUGGUUAUGUUCUUUUGGGAGAUGUAUUGUGUGGCCAUUGAGGGCCAAUCUUGUUGGUCAAGGAAAGGGCUUAUAAGCGAUGAUCAGGUGGGGUUGGGUGGUGCAGUCAUAAUUUUUGUUUGGGGUUUGAAGAUCGUGGAGAUGAAAUGUAGGUUGGGGAAGGAAGAUAGGGACGAUUAGGAGGAAACCAUCAUGAACCACGACUGGCGGUUGCUGGUGAUCUAGUCUAAUUAUUUAAAAUUAUUACAUUUUUAUUUAUAAUGUAACAUCAUUGGUUAAUUUUUGCUCCAAAUAAUAAAAUAACUAUUUCACAUUACACUGAACAGCUGGUGGCUAUGAAGAACACUGUCGAUGAAUUGCUGUUUGUAGCAAACCUACCAAACAUUUCCCAAACAUACUUCAUUACUCAUGGUGAGUGGAAUAUAGAAGACACAAAGCUAAACAUUGGCUCUCUAACAAGUGGAACUCUAAACACAUCGACCAUUGAGGUAAGUACGGGUGUGCUACUUUAUGGUCCAGUUAUUUUUUUAACUCUUGUUUUGAAUUAGUUUAUUUUACAUUAGAUUUGCAAAUGAAACAUAAAAAAAAAAUAUUUACACAUUUAUGAAUGUAUUUAUUUAUUUAUUAAAAACUAGCCAAGUAUCCGGCACUUCCAGGUAUGCAACCUCAACCACUUCUAUAUUUCUUUUAUUGAACAUUAAUGCUCAAAUCACUGUCACAGACAAUUCAACAAGAAAAAUAAUAUAAAGUGUAAGAUAGGUCCCAUUUGAUUUUUCUUUGAAAAAAAAAAACAUUGUUAUCAAAAUAAGCGCUCAUCCUAUAAUUCAAACUUUGGCCACCUUUCAAAAGUUAUGAGUUAAAGGGAAAACGAAUUCUUUUAAGUCGUCGAAUCUAAAAAAGAUUUGCAAAGUCAGUACAGUUUCGGUUAAGACUUAUAAUGUGGAGUGGUUCUCAAGGCCGCUCACUUUUCUUUAAAAAAAUAUAUAUAUAUAUGAGGUGCUUUUAAGCACUGUGAAUAAUUUAGCAAUGUUAUUUUGUCCUACUGAAAUAAGUUCAGAAACGCUAGAGCUUUUGGUAGUUUUAUAAACCAUCGAAAGGGAUAUUUACUUUUUAGCAAAGAUGUGUAUCAUUUUAUCUCAUUUCUUUCUUAUGCUCAGUUAACAUGAUUUAGGCUUGUGAUUCAGUUUUUGGGCGUGUGUCGUGAGACUUAAAGUGAUCUACUCGUUUAUAUAGUUUUCGCUCAAAAUCUAUUAAAAAUCCAUUUUCUUUUUAAGAUUAGAAUGCGACAGAAAUUAUGGAAACAUGUAUUGGCAAUUAUUUAUUCUAGAACAUAUGAAUUUACAGAUGACAUUUUACCUCAGAAGACGGCCCAGCUUCCUCCUGCUCAACACCGUGUUACCUGUGGUGUUUCUUUCAUUCCUCAACAUCCUUGUAUUCGUCAUCCCAGUGGAAUCUGGAGAAAAAAUCGGAUAUGGUGAGAAACGCAUUAUUGUUCACCUUAACAAUAGUGAUAUUAAGUGUCUGAUAUCUUUACAGACAAUCUAUAGUGAUAUUAAGUGUCUGAUAUCUUUACAGACAAUCUAUAGUGAUAUUAAGUGUCUGAUAUCUUUAACGACAAUCUUUAUAGACAAUCUUUACAGUCUAUUUUUACAGUCAAACUUUACAGACAAUCUUUACCGACAAUCUUUACAGGCAAUCUUUACAAUCUUUACCGACAAUCUUUACAGGAAAUCUUGAAAGUCAAUCUUUACAGACAAUCUUUACUGAAAAUCUUUACAGACAAUCUUUAAAUACGCUCGUUACAUUCGUAAGACGAAAAUCCUAAUCAUCACUUGGCAAUCUCAUCAUGAAGCACCUAGCAUUGUGUACAUUCGUACGACAGCUUGAAACAAAUUGCUAUUCUGUUUGUGACAUCCCCAGGAAUAACUGUCACACUGGCGCUGUCCGUGUUCAUGAGUAUUGUCAGCGGCAUGCUGCCCAGGUCAUCCUUAAACAUGCCCAACCUCACCAUCUACCUCUUCAUCUUACUCUUCAUGUCCAUGCUUACCGUCAUCGACAGCAUCAUCAUCGUCUUCCUAGACCACUUUGAAGAGGUAAGUGCAACAUAUCUUUUUCUUAAGCAUUACGACCGCUUGCUCAUUUCCUUUGAAAUGUUGUGGGUAGUUUUAGUUUUAAAAGCAAUACAUUAUAAUGAAAUAUUUAAUUCUAUUUUUCUAUAUGACACUCUGUUGCAUUAGCUCUAAAGAUAGCCUAUAUAAACAACCAUGUGCAAUUGAAUUUUUUAUUGUAUGCAAAACUGACCCAAAGGAUAUAUUUUGUCAAAUUGUAACCUAAUGAACAAUGCAUCUGCUAUGUCGCUUACUUAAAUUGCUAAAAUGUAUUGUACAUAUAAUUUAACAAGUGUAUGUUGUUGUUGGUUUUUGUAUUUUUUGUUUCAAUUUUUAAUAAUAGUGUAGUUAAAAUUGAAAAAAAAAAUUCAUGUAUAAUUUUUUAAAAUAGCACAAUGAAAGGACAUUUGUCAAUAUUGGUAUGCUUGUAAUUAGUUUUUGUAGUGUUGCGUUUGUUUUAAAUGUGGUAAAUUAUAGAUUUUUUUUUUUUACUUGUACCGCGCUUCGAGCCUUUGGGGAUAAAGCGUGUUUUUGAAAUAAACUUUAUUUUUAUUUUUCAUUAACAAUAUUAUCAAUAUUUGUCCCACUUCCAAACAGAAAGUGGCGCUGAAGAGAAAAAUUCAAAGAAAAUUUAAACGUGCAUUCAACAAGGUCAAUACAUUACAACGAACAGUUUCCUCAGUCAACGUGAUGAAUGAUGACAAUCCGCAGGAUCAUGAGAAAAAUUCAAAAUCAUUAUUCGGAUCAACUGAUUCACUAGCAGGUGAACUUCCGGGUAGCAGAGAAAGCACGGACUGCCCUCAAGAAGAUUCUCUGAGAAUCGACAAAUAUAAACUGAUAGGAAAACACAUCGAUGCCGUGUCUUUUGUCGUGUUUUUCGUCUUCUGGCUGGUCACAACACUUGGGUUCAUGCUGGAUAUGGCACUGUCUUAAACCUUCAUGUCAGCGCUGUUGUUAUAUGAUACGCCACGGCAGGGAUACAUAGUUUAACUAUAGCUUUGAGUGGAGAUUUGAACCUUAAAGGUGGAGGAGACACGAGUAAUAUUGUCAUCGAAAAUGUUAUACAAUCAAUGAAAGAGAAGCUGGACGAGCUCAAAGCAUAAAACACAUUUUUUUUACUUCGUUUUUUUCUUCAGAUUUCGAUGGCUGUAAAUAUUUGGUCUUUUGAUUCAUGUUCUUCUUAUUUUUUAUUUUUUUUUCAUGUAAAAUAGAAGUGACGUUCAGCGUUUAACAG